AGCCAGUUGAGCAUCUCACUUGGACAGUAGCUUAAAGUAGUCCCCUGCUUCAGCUCCCGCCGUCCCUGCCCAUCACAAAGCCGACCAGAAGCUAGAGGGGAAACCCCUCAUCCUCUCAAUAAAAACAUUUCCCUUCCCUUUCGACCCAAGGUUUCUUGGGCGCAGGAGCUUGAAACGAGUUCGCAGACUGAUUUAAUUGUCAGGUCGUGAAUUAAGCAUAUUAAUUGCAGUACCCGCCAAGCCCCGCUUCCAAAAAUGGGGGCCCCAUCAAAUACCGACCCCGAGCAACAAACCCCAUCUUCGCUCUCGAACGCCUACAAAACCUCUCCAGACGAGAAAGAUGAUGUGACGAUCGAGAAAACGGGCGUGGAGAUCCAAGUUGCCGAUUCAUCAAGGAACAACGACCAGCGAAAAUCGUUUAAGGAUGGCUUCGCAUCGCUAUUCACGAAGCAAGGUCUCUCCGACACGGGCGCCGUUCUCUGGAAAUUCGCCAGAUUUACUGGACCUGGGGCAGUCAUUACCGUGGCAUACGUCGAUCCAGACAACUUGCAGUCGAACCUUACUUCAGGUGCUGAGUUCAAAUUCAAGCUCUUGUUCAUGAUCUUGUUCUCGAAUGUGGUCGCGGUUUUCCUGCAAGCUCUGUCUACGAAAUUGGGCUGUGUUACUGGCAUGGAUUUGGCGCAAAUGAAUAGAGCAUUUCUUCCUCGAUGGCUGAACUUUGUUCUCUGGCUGAUGGCCGAGGCCUCAAUCAUCUGUACCGAUAUUUCACAGGUCAUUGGAACGGCAAUUGCUAUCAACAUCCUGAACUCGAAGAUUCCUCUCGUAGCUGCUUGCGGCAUUUCGGUAGUGGAUACGCUCGUCAUCCUCCUAUUCUACAAACCAGAUGGGACACUCAGGCGCAUCCGAAUCUUCGAAAUCUUCGUCUCGAUGUUCGUCGUUGCAAUCUUCAUUAUGUAUUGCAUCGAGCUUUCAUACAUAUCCGCAGACGUGGGCCAGGUUUUCAAGGGUUAUCUCCCAUCAAGACAAAUUUUCGUCAGCGACGGUCUUUACCAAUCCUGUGCACUCCUAGGAGGAACACUCAUGCCUCACACCAUCUAUCUCGGCUCAGGCCUCGUCCAACCCCGCAUGCGAGAAAUCGACCGUCUCCACAACCGCCUCCACGAAGUCAAAGCCUCAGACUCCAAAUACGCCAUCGAUCUCUACAAACCCACUCUCUCAACCAUAAGAUCCACCAUGUCCUACACGAUCGCCGAGCUCUGCAUCACGCUUUUCAUCGUCGCUAUCUUCGUCAACUCCGCUGUCCUGAUCGUUGCCGGAGCCGUGUUCUCUGAAGAUGCCAGCGAUGCUGAUCUCCCAGGCUUGUACCAGGUCUUCGUGGACACGAUCGGGUUAGCCAGUGGCAAGAUCUUCGCUGUUUCGCUGUUGUUCUCGGGUGUAAGUGCGGGCAUUGUGUGUACGAUGGCUGGACAGAUGAUUUGUGAAGGAGCCAUGAAUUGGCGCAUGAAUCCUUUCCUCCGCCGUUUCUUGACAAGAUGUAUCUCCAUUAUUCCAGCUAUGAUCAUCGCUGCAGCCGAAGGCCAGCAAGGAUUUGCGGCUGCUCUGAAUGGUUGCAAUGUCGUGUUGUCUGUUGCGCUUAUUUUCUUGACUUUCCCGCUGUUGUGGUUUACGUCUCAAAACAAGUAUAUGAGAGUACGAAUUGAUGAUACUAAGGAGCCAGUUGGUGUUGUGGAUGGGAUUUUGACUUAUCAGACUGAGAGGGCGAUUUGGGCGAGCGGUGGUGAUGUUGAAGAUACGAUUUCCUUGACGAAUAACAAGGCUACUACUACUGUUGGGUGGAUCAUCUGGUUCAUCAUUGCGGCAAUGAAUGUGGCGACUUUGACAUUCUUGGGUCUGGGAAUUGGGGGUGAUUAGACUUUUGAGUUAUUCAUGAAGGGUAUAGACAAAAUCAUGGAGUUGGAGGGGCAUAAUGAAUAUAGAAUUAUGUUAACGAGUUUCGAGGCAAAUAUACACGAGUACUCAC